AUGGGUAUCAUCGGACAGCGGGAUCGCAAAGAUUCCCGAGCGUCAGGGCUGCUCCCCCGUCGCGCAUCCUUUGUGCACAGUCCUGCCUCCAAUGCGACGGAGAUACCCAUUGAGCGCGCCAACCAUGGCAGUCCUCCUGAGGGUCUGGAGCCAUCGCUAUAUGGCGGAUCGAGCUACAGGACCCCAACGCGAUCGUUCUAUCACCGAUCGUUCAACGCUCCUGCCGAUCCGGCACACUACUCGUCUGACGGCCUGAGAGAGCAGACAGCCGAGCUAGCAUCGUUGGCGCUGUCGCUCCCUCAAGAACGAACCGCUCUCCCGCCGAGCCUGGAUCUUUUCAGGUCCUCCCGACAGUCAGAUGGCGCGCUAUCGCUCUCAAUAUCGACUGCCUCUGCGAUUCCUGGCAAGCUGGCGCCUGAUGAUUCGGAGCCAAUCCACCCUGCCACUGGUUCCUCGGCUCUGACACAGAUGAUCCGCAGUCCUUCUUCGAGCUCGUCUGAGAACCAGUCUGACCACUGUGGACGUGACCUUGGCCGAAAUAAUAUGGACGAUACCGAGUCGGAUUUGGAAGACAACCAAGAAUUCAACACCGAACGAACAUCACUAUUGAGUCGGAGGACGCGGUCUAAAUCGUUGAGUGGGUAUGGAAUCGCAAAUGAUAUCGAAAGCCAGGAAGUACAGGGGCAUCGCGGCCCGCCUGUCAAUGCCUCGGGUAACGCUCGCUUUGUAUUAACAAGGGGGUUCUGCACGCUGGCGAACCCCAAAUCUUGGGACCGGCGGGCAAUAUGGCGGCAGGGAGUGGUUUAUCCAGUCAGCCUGCUGCCCUCGGUGUUUCUUGGCCUCCUCCUCAACAUUCUGGAUGCGCUUUCGUACGGAAUGAUUCUCUUCCCAUUGGGAGAGCCUAUCUUCUCCGAACUCGGGUCGGAUGGAAUCUCCAUGUUCUACGUCAGCACAGUCAUUGCGCAGCUGGUCUUCUCGUGCGGAGGAUCUAUCUUUCGUGGCGGUAUUGGAAGUGAAAUGAUCGAGGUCGUCCCGUUCUUUCACCAGAUGGCCAUGACGAUUCUGGCUCGAGUUGGCGAAGAUAAUCCAAAGUCGGUCCUCGCCACCACUAUCCUUGCUUACUCCACCAGUUCGGUGCUUACAGGGCUGGUGUUCUUCCUCAUGGGGACAUGCAGGCUUGGCUCGCUCAUUGGAUUCUUUCCACGGCAUAUCCUAAUUGGUUGCAUUGGUGGUGUAGGAUUCUUCUUGCUACAGACUGGAGUGGAAGUAUCUGCUCGGUUGUCGGGGUCUCUUGAAUAUAAUAUACCUACCAUGCAGAAGCUUUUUCAGCUGGAUACCGUGCUUCUUUGGACCAUACCACUCUUCCUCGCGGUUGCUUUUCUCGUCCUAAAGCGCUUUGUGCGGUCUAAUUUCCUGGUCGGUGCUUAUUUCAUCGCUGUGGCUGUGGUCUUCUAUGUCGUCAAGUUCAGUGCUAGAGUACCGAUGGAUACCUUGCGUCGGAGUGGAUGGGUGUUUGACGCUCCAUCGUCCUCAAAUCCGUGGUACCACUUCUAUACACUCUACGAUUUCUCGGCCGUUAACUGGUCUGCCUUUGCCGAUACGGUCCCAGCAAUGUUCGCAUUGACCUUCUUCGGCGUUCUUCACGUGCCAAUCAAUGUUCCAGCUCUGGGUAUCUCCACAGGGGAAGACAACCUGAACGUUGACCGUGAGCUCAUCGCUCAUGGUGUCACCAACGCGCUGUCAGGCUUCACAGGAAGCAUUCAGAAUUAUCUUGUUUAUACUAAUAGCUUGCUUUUCAUCGCAAGCGGAGGCAACUCCCGCUUGGCGGGUAUUAUGCUUGCCUUUGCUACGAUGGGUAUACUUGUUGUAGGCCCUGUGAUAGUGGGGUAUAUUCCUGUCAUGGUCGUGGGCGCCUUGAUCUUCAUGUUGGGAAUUGAACUCAUGGAGGAAGCACUUGUUGACACGUGGGGGAAGUUGCAUAGACUUGAGUACUUGACGGUCGUCAUUAUCGUUGCCACUAUGGGUGCUUGGGAUUUUGUGGUCGGUAUCUUCGUUGGGAUUUUACUGGCCUGCGUGAGUUUCGUGGUUCAGACAUCUCGGAAAUCCGCGAUUCGGGCCACCUUCUCGGGCAAGAUCACAGGCUCCACGGUCAGACGGCCUCCCAUCCAGCAGCGCUUCUUGAAUGAAGCUGGACAGCAGACGCUCAUUAUCAAGCUUGCUGGGUAUCUGUUCUUCGGGACGAUUGUGAACGUGGAGAGCACGAUGCGGGGGCUUAUUGAGGAAGAAGCCUUCAACCGGCGGCCUAUCAGAUUCCUCAUCCUGGACUUCUCUCGAGUCUACGGGCUAGACUUCUCUGCAGCAGAAGCAUUCACACGCAUCAACCGGAUUCUUCGAAGACGCCAUGUGCAGAUGACUAUCUCGGGACUCGACGUUGAAAGCGAUGUGGGGAGGGGCCUCCAGAAUGUCGGGCUCUUUGGGAGCGAGACUGGCGUUCAGAUCUUUGAGGACCUUAACUCUGCUCUUGAAUUCUGUGAGAACGAUUAUCUAAAGGUAUUCUACAGCCAUCGCGAGGCGCUAAAUAGCGCGGGGAGCGGAUCCUCACAGUAUCUCGAAGUGCCUGCGUCACAGCAUCAGCUGCAGUCGGCGGACGGCAUCGUCGGCUCGCCUCGUCGGUUAUAUCUGCAGCAAGCAGCUACGACGACUCUCCAGGAGGACGAAACAGCAGCUGCCACUUCUGCCACAUGGUCCGCGAUGCGACAACCCCUCCCUCUUCUCCUGCAGACAUUUCAGGGGCUGAGCUCGCAGAACGAGGAUUUCUGGUUCCGAGCGUGCUCGUACUUCAUUCGCAACUGCUACGCUGCGGGGACUGUCUUGUUCCAGAAGGGCGACAUGCCUCAGGCGUUCUAUCUGCUUGAGUCAGGCAUGCUGCGGGCGGAGUACGAGCUGCCGCAGGGCCGGUAUUUUGAGCUCAUCGUGGCCGGACGGCCGUGCGGCGAGCUUCCCUUCUUCAGCGAGACGCCUCGCACCGCGACGGUCAAGGCCGAGCAGGAUUGCGUGACAUGGUGCUUGAACCUGGAGAAAUGGCAUGAGCUGAAGGCGCAAGAGCCGGAUAUUGCGCAGGAGCUGUUGACGGUGAGCUUGAAGUUGACGACCGAGAGGAUGGACAGCAUCACGUCGUAA